AUGUCUUCACCAUUUGCUGAAGCAUCUAUUCUGCGGAGCGUCAUGGCCUUGUCAAUAGCCUCCGACGGGUCUCUUCGUUUACAUCUUCAGGGAGUAUUGCAAGACGCCACCGAAGCAUCACUCACGUCGUCAAAAAUGUUGGCCAUACCACAGCUUGAAAGCCACAGAGAACAAGAAUGUAUUAUUAUUCGACAACGGAUUCUAUCUUACCUUGACAUUGGAGACUUGAAUCGCGCAAUCCAGGCCUCGCCCCUGUUCCUCCAGGCUUUCCGGCCCCAGCGCAAACAGCUGCUGCUCUGCGCCCUCUUCAACACGCUUGGCAUGACAAUCUUGGAGGCUUUUGCUGUUCAUCGAGCAACCAGCCUCGACUUCCAGGCUUCGCGCUCCAAGGAGAAGGUUGCUCUGUUUUUGGAAAGUCUCCGGAAGCAUAAACAGAAGCCAAAUUUAACGUUGGAGCUAUGCACCUUCUUCUCGGAAGACGAUCUUGUUCAAAUGGCGACUUUUCACAACAAGGUUGUCUGGCCGCAUGUCCAGCGCAUCAUGUCCGAGGAAACAGAGUUUUGCACCGCAAAGAGGCCUGAUUCUGGCAUGAGUCCUGCUCUUGUCCGUCUCUCGCUGUAUCUCUACGUACUCCAUGCGGCCCUCGGUUUACAGCAAGGGCAGUCCUCCGACUUGACGUUUGGAGUCGCGGGCUGCGGCAUGUUAAGUGGCGAUCUGAGUACUGCUGACUUCGCCACGAGAACUAUCGGCAUGGGUGGAAACAUGUUGAGAGUGGAGGGUCUUGCCUAUAUGCAGAGCGUUUGCUCAGAGGGAUUGAUGCUUAUGAUGUGGGAGGACCUCAUGCUAGAUGGUGUGCGAGGAGAAUUAGCUCCCAGAGGAUGCAUAUGA